GACUUCAACGGCAACGCGCGAAACGCCUACUGUACUGUUUCUAUAGCAAACAACAACGGCUAAAGAACAAGAGAUAACUUUUACAGAUGGACGUCGCUUAGACAGCGAUGGUGUAACAAAUUUCAAUUUAGUUUGAUGAAAUUGUAUUAACCAAAAAAGAUGACACAGUCCAUAGUAGUCCAAGUUGGUCAGUGUGGGAAUCAGGUGGGCUGCCGCUUCUGGGACCUUGCACUCAGAGAACAUGCACAUGUCAAUCAAACAGGAGUUUAUGAUGAGGCAUUGAGCAGCUUCUUUAGAAAUGUUGACCAAAGGAGAGCGGGUGGAGCAGACUCUACAGGGGGCAGGAUCACAUCUCUAAAGGCCAGGGCCGUAUUAGUGGACAUGGAGGAGGGAGUCUUAGGAGAGAUUCUGCAAGGACCGUUGCGUUCUCUCUUCAACAGCACACAACUCAUAAGUGAUGUCUCUGGUUCAGGGAACAACUGGGCAGUCGGGCAUCACACAUAUGGCUUGACCUACAGAGAGCAGAUUGUGGAUCAGGUCCGUAAGGCCGCAGAACACUGUGAUUGCCUUCAGUGCUUCUUCCUCAUUCAUUCCAUGGGUGGAGGGACUGGUUCAGGGUUAGGCACAUUUGUGUUGAAGCUUCUAGAAGAGGAGUUCCCAGAGGUAUGUCGGAUAGUGACCUCCGUUUACCCGACAGCAGAAGAUGAUGUCAUCACCUCUCCCUACAACAGCGUCCUAGCCAUGAAAGAACUCACAGAACAUGCAGACUGUGUCUUGCCGGUUGAUAACCAGUCCCUGGUGGAUAUUGUUGGUAAGAUACAGCAUAUGUCCAACACUGGCAAACUAGGCUGUACCAUCAAGAAGGACUGUACUAUCAUCUCUGGACAAGGAGGGGUUGUGAAGGUCGAAAAACCUUUUGAUGCCAUGAACAACAUUGUGGCCAAUCUACUUCUUAAUAUUACCAGUUCAGCACGUUUUGAGGGCUCUCUCAACAUGGAUCUGAAUGAGAUAGCCAUGAACCUGGUACCAUUCCCGCGGUUACACUACCUUGUGUCCAGCCUAACUCCUCUCUACACACUUGCUGAUGUAAACAUAGCACCACGCAGGCUGGAUCAGAUGUUCUCAGAUGCUUUCAGUAAGGAGCAUCAGUUGAUCAGAGCUGACCCCAAACACAACCUGUAUCUGGCCUGUGCUCUUAUGCUGCGUGGAAACGUUCAGCUGUCAGAUCUGCGCCGGAAUAUUGAGCGGCUAAAGCCCACCCUGCCAUUUGUCCCAUGGAAUCAGGAGGGAUGGAAGACUAGCCUGUGUUCAGUCCCUCCUGUGUGUCACUCACAUUCUCUGUUGGCCUUAGCCAACAACACAUGCGUGAAAUCUACCUUUUUUGAACUAAGGGAGCGUUUUGUGAAACUCUACCGUAGGAAGGCUCACUUGCAUCAUUAUCUAGCAGUGGAUGGCAUGGAGUUGGCUGGAUUUAAUGAGGCAUUGUCAUCUAUCUCAGAUCUUAUUGAAGACUACACACACCUGGAAAGCCCUCUCAUGCCCAAUGCCCCCAGACUUGCCAUCGCCACCUGACCUGUGAUUAUACUAGCAAAUUCCUUUUAAGGCAAGUCAUUUCACUCGGCGGCCAUCUUUGAAACACCUCUCUGGCAGCUAUUUCAGUCAUGCAAGUGCAGUUUCUAUCUCGUUGAAUGGGGAAACAUCAGAUUCUCCAAAGCUGUUCACAAACCUUAUGAUUAAACUUCAUAUUUGAAAUCUC